ACAAUUGAAGUUGAGGGUUGAAGUAGGUGGUCGCGGGGCAAUUAAGUAAGUUGCCACGAAUCUUCCCACACCAGUUUCCUUCUCUGACUGUAACUUCAACUGAAAAAGUUGCCAUGAAGCUUCUCAGACCCUUCCUACCAUUUUCUCUCUCUGACUCUCACUUUAAUUUUUUCAAAAACCUAUUAGAGAGAGACAGAGAUGAAGAUAUAAUUGGUGGAAUAGAACUGUAUCUGCACUCAUCGAUUCCAGGGUCCCACUUUUGCCUGCCAUGGUUAAUGGAUUCAGUCUGGGUAUUUCCAAUGGCUGGUAUGCUUCCUGGUGUUGAAUCUGCUCGAAGGAGACGGUUUCAUCAAAGUGGUGGAUGGCCCGACUUACCUUCUAUGUCUGGGACAAGGCGAUCAUCUUUUUGUUUGUAUGCAAGCAACCAUGAAUCACAUCUCAGCUCAAGCUCCUUCCAGCAAAGAAUCACAAUAAACCAGGCAAAUCAGGAUGAGAAGCUUGGAGGAGCUGCUAGAGAAGCCAAAGAUAGGUUAGAUAAGAGGCUCAGAGCAGCUCAAUUGAAACCAGAAAACAAGAGGGAAAUAAGCCAAGAAAGCUUGAUGGGCGGUAUGGAUGAUGGGCGUAUGGUGGUAGGGGAUUUGCAGAAAGAGGUGUUUGGAUUGAAGAAGAAGAAGAGUAGUAGGUCUAAGAGAUUCAGUUGGGCAAAGUUGGGGCGGAAGGGGUGUGAUCAAGACGAGUGUGUGGUUUGUUUGGAACAAUUCAGGGCUGGUGAGACCCUGCUGCACCUGCCCUGCGCCCACCGCUUCCAUUCCCAGUGUUUGGUGCCAUGGCUCCAGAACAAUGCUCACUGUCCUUGUUGCAGAAUGGGAAUUUUCAUUUGAAACUUUAUUUUACAGUAUUAUUCACUCGUGUUAUUUUCCUAUGUAGAUUACAGAAGAAAUUUACAAAAUCUAGUUUCCUUAUAAAUUAAUUAGUGAGGAAACAUGAGAACUUGAAAGGAAACCAAAUUCUCACAGUCCUUUUGCUGCAGCAGAAUGAGAAUUUGGUUUUGAUUUGGACUUUGGUAAGAGUAUGAUGCACCAUUAUCAAA